AGGUGAAUCGGAGCGUGUCGUGCCUGCCAUUGUGGGUCGGACGGGCAAAAGUGGGACGCGAGCUCACCAGGUCCGUGCGUAGGCCAGAUGUCCUCAACGCUCAAUGAUACGCGACUGCAACACCUGCACCGUCAGGUAGAGCAUCGCUGCUGACUUUCAAUCUCUACACAUUUUCGACAUCUCUCCGCGGGGAGCUCAGCAGUCAUGCUUUCCGCCCUAGGCAAUCCUCGCCAGGCCGCCGCGCAGGUCUUGAACUUUGCGCUCGUGCUGUCCACAGCCUUCAUGAUGUGGAAAGGCCUCUCCGUCGUAGCCGACUCGCCCUCCCCGAUCGUCGUCGUCCUCUCCGGCUCGAUGGAGCCCGCGUUCCAACGCGGCGACCUGCUCUUCCUCUGGAACCGAAACCUGCUUCAAGAAACGGCUGUGGGCGAAGUCGUGGUAUACAACGUCAAGGAUAAGGACAUUCCCAUUGUGCAUCGCGUGGUGCGCAAGUAUGGAACAGGUGACGAGGCAAAGCUAUUGACAAAGGGAGACAACAACCAAGCAGACGACACGGAGCUGUACGCGCGGGGCCAGGACUUCUUGGUGCGGAAGGACAUUAUCGGGUCGGUGGUGGCAUACAUGCCCUUUGUGGGCUACGUGACGAUCAUGCUGUCAGAGCAUCCGUGGUUGAAGACGGUGAUGCUCGGCAUCAUGGGCUUGUUUGCUAUAUUGCAGAGGGAGUAGCCGGCAUUCAGAGGCGAAUCCAUUUCAAGGCAUCUGGCCCAGAUCUGGAGCCCCUUGGCAGCUGUCAUCCAUUGACGAAUACCUCCCCGGCAACACGUGAUUGGAAGCCGUCGCAACGCGCGCGUGGCUCACUUCUUAUGGUGACUGUGAUCCAACCUCAUGCCGGGUCUUCACGGCAUGCUUUUCAUAUCGUGCAGUCUCGGCGAGUCGACGCCAGUGCCUCUCGUACCCAGCACAAAUCAUUCAGCCCUGCAGGCCUGUCUAGAUCCUCCUGGAGGCCUAGAGUGGAUACCAAACAGGGAUGAAAUGGGCGA